ACUCUUCCCUUCCCCCUUCGCCUUCCUUCUAUCUCACAAUAAAAUCAUCUCCUUCAAUUUGCCAUGAUCGUCGCGACCAGGAGCCAGGUGAUUAUCCUAAUUAAUGUCUAUCUAAUUAAAUUACUGUCAGCGGUUAACCAAUGGCAGAAGCCGUUUCAUCCUCUCCGCAAGCAGCAAGAUCAAAAGUGAGUCUUUCCUGAUUGCUGCAUAGUGUCAAUUGGCCAAUCUCUUCUCCCAGGGAAGGAAAAAAAAAAAAAAAAAAAAAAGUAAAUCAAACGUUUGGGAAGCAUUUGGUGGAUGAAGUGCUUUCUGUCUAGUGAGGGUCCCAGGAUGUCUAGCUUCUGAUACUGAGGAGCCCUUUCAGAUCCAGGGACUGAAGGGUUAUUACUGUGGUGCUAGAGCUAUGCAGCUGGAGCAUUGUCUUUCUCCCUCUAUCAUGCUCUCCAAGAAAUUUCUCAAUGUGAGCAGCAGUUACCCACAUGCAGGCGGAUCUGAGCUUGCCUUGCAUGAUCAUCCCAUUAUCUCGACCACUGACAACCUGGAGAGAAGUUCACCUUUGAAAAAAAUUACCAGGGGGAUGACGAAUCAGUCAGAUACAGACAAUUUUCCUGACUCCAAGGACACACCAGGGGACGUCCAGAGAAAUAAACUCUCUCCCGUCUUGGACGGGGUCUCUGAGCUUCGUCACAGUUUCGAUGGAUCUGCUGCAGAUCGCUAUCUGCUCUCUCAGUCCAGCCAGCCCCAGUCUGCUGCCUCUGCUCCUAGUACCAUGUUCCCUUACCCCGGCCAGCAUGGACCUGCUCACCCAGCCUUCUCCAUCGCCAGCCCCAGCCGCUACAUGGCUCACCAUCCUGUGAUCACCAACGGAGCUUAUAACAGCCUCCUGUCCAACUCUUCGCCGCAAGGCUACCCCACGGCGGGCUACCCUUACCCCCAGCAGUACGGCCAUUCCUACCAAGGGGCGCCUUUCUACCAGUUCUCCUCCACCCAGCCGGGGCUCGUCCCCGGCAAGGCUCAGGUCUACCUGUGCAACAGGCCGCUCUGGCUGAAAUUCCACCGGCACCAGACGGAGAUGAUCAUCACGAAGCAGGGGAGGCGCAUGUUCCCUUUCCUAAGUUUUAAUAUUUCUGGUCUCGAUCCCACGGCUCACUACAAUAUUUUUGUGGAUGUAAUUUUGGCGGAUCCCAACCACUGGAGAUUUCAGGGAGGCAAAUGGGUUCCUUGCGGCAAGGCGGACACCAAUGUACAAGGAAACCGGGUGUACAUGCACCCCGACUCCCCCAACACGGGAGCCCACUGGAUGCGCCAGGAAAUCUCCUUUGGGAAACUAAAACUUACAAACAAUAAAGGAGCAUCAAACAACAACGGGCAGAUGGUGGUUCUGCAGUCCCUCCACAAGUACCAGCCCCGCCUGCAUGUGGUGGAGGUGAACGAAGACGGGACGGAGGACACCAACCAGCCGGGCAGAGUGCAGACCUUCACCUUCCCCGAGACCCAGUUCAUAGCGGUCACCGCCUACCAGAACACCGAUAUCACACAGCUGAAAAUAGACCACAACCCUUUCGCCAAGGGCUUCCGAGAUAAUUACGACACGAUCUACACGGGCUGCGACAUGGACCGGCUGACGCCGUCCCCCAACGACUCGCCCCGCUCGCAGAUCGUGCCCGGGGCCCGCUACGCCAUGGCCGGCUCCUUCCUCCAGGACCAGUUCGUGAGUAACUACGCCAAGUCCCGCUUCCACCCCGGGGCAGGAGCCGGCCCGGGGCCCGGCGCCGACCGCAGCGUGCCCCACACCAACGGGCUGCUCUCCCCACAGCAAGCCGAGGACCCGGGGGCCCCGUCGCCGCAGCGCUGGUUCGUCGCCCCCGCCAACAACCGCCUCGACUUCGCCGCCUCCGCCUACGACACGGCCACCGACUUCGCCGGCAACGCGGCCACGCUGCUUUCCUACGCGGCGGCCGGCGUCAAGGCGCUGCCGCUGCAGGCGGCCGGCUGCGCGGGGCGGCCGCUGGGCUACUACGCCGACCCGUCGGGCUGGGGGGCGCGCAGCCCCCCGCAGUACUGCAGCAAGUCGGGCUCGGUGCUCUCCUGCUGGCCCAACAGCGCGGCGGCGGCGCGCAUGGCCGCCGGCAACCCCUACCUGGGGGAGGAGGCGGAGAGCCUGGCCCCCGAGCGGUCCCCCUUGCCGGGCGCCGAGGACUCCAAGCCCAAAGAUUUGUCCGACUCCAGCUGGAUCGAGACGCCGUCGUCCAUUAAGUCCAUCGACUCCACCGAUUCUGGGAUUUACGAGCAGGCCAAAAGGCGGCGGAUCUCCCCGUCGGACACCCCGGUGUCCGAGAGCUCCUCGCCCCUCAAGAGCGAGGUGCUCACCCAGCGGGACUGCGAAAAGACCUGCGCCAAGGACAUCGGCUACUACGGCUUCUACUCGCACAGCUAGGCGCGGCCCGCCGCCGGCCCCGCCGUCCUUUUGCACAAUAACUCCUCCGCGGUUAGCGCACUGACCCCCGCCCCUAGCUGCCCCAUCCGUUUCCCCGGCCCGGCCCGGCCCGGCCCGGCGGGGAGGCGGGCAGGGGGGCAGGCAGG